GUCAGACGUACAGAGCGGAAGUAGCAGUGUGUUUUCAAACUGCUUUGACAGCGUGCGGCAAGAAAAAUGGAAACAGACAGAUCUGCAAAGCUGGAAUUUGCCGUUCAGAUGACGUGCGACAGCUGCGUGAACGCUGUCCGCAGCGCCUUGGAACAUCAACCAGGUGUGCAGGCGGUACAGGUUGACCUCCAGACGGAGCAGGUGUUGGUGGAGGCCUCUCUGACGGCUCAGGAGGUGCAGAAGGUGAUCGAGAGCACCGGACGCCGCGCCGUACUCAAGGGCAUCGGCAGCGGACAGCAGGACUUGGGCUGUGCGGUGGCGAUGCUGUCUGGCUGUGGCCUGGUGCAGGGGGUGGUGCGCUUCCUGCAGAUGUCCCCAGAGAGAUGCCUCAUAGACGGCACCAUCGACGGCCUGGCACCAGGAGCCCAUGGCUUACACGUGCACCACCUGGGGGACCUCACACAGGACUGCAUGAGCUGUGGAGACCACUACAACCCCCAUGGCAAACCUCACGGAGCACCACAGGACACAGAAAGGCAUGCGGGGGACCUGGGCAACAUUAUGGCUGGACCUGAUGGAAGAGCCUCCUUUCGCCUGGAGGAUACACAGCUGAAGGUCUGGGACGUGAUUGGUCGAUCGCUGGUGGUGGAUGCAGGAGAGGACGACCUGGGGAAAGGGGGUCACCCUUUAUCUAAGACAACAGGCAACUCCGGAGAGAGGCUAGCUUGUGGCAUCAUUGCGCGCUCGGCCAGCCUGUUCCAGAACACCAAGAAGAUCUGCGCCUGUGACGGCGUCACCAUCUGGGAGGAGCGGGACCGACCCAUCGCCGGGAAGGGGCGCCAGAAGAACCCAGAACAGCCCAGCGCCAACCUGUGACCCAACCGUGUCCCCUGCCCCCUGUACCAUGUUUCCCAACCUGUGACAGCCCUGUCCCCCAUCUCUACCAAACUGUCCCCCAUCUGCCCUGCAAAAGCACAUGUCAUUUCCUCAUUUGCAGUCGAGAUGGUGAACAUGAAGAACAGUCCCCCAAAUAUUGUUGUGGCUAGGCUGACGGCGUGAAAACGUUAUUGUUGUUGAGGCGGGGCAUAAGCAACAUGCAAGGCCACACACACAAGUGGAGGACGGGAGGCCGCAUAUUGGAAUGCACCCCCCCCCCCCCCCCAAUAUUCCUCAGUUCGACCCAUUCCCAGGAUGGUACAGCCAGUAGAAUCAGUGCCACCCUGCCUGUGACCCAGCUGUGGUCCCACAUCUUUCCCGUCCUGCUGUCCCCUCUGUCCCCUCGGUGAUACGUCUACCUAAAAAUCGGCUGGUUUAGCUGGUGCUUCAGAUUGAAGAAGGUUGUCCCAUUUCCGGAAACAAAACCCCUGCACAGCCGAGCAGCAACCAGCCAUGACCCUGUUCCUCAUCUCCACAUGUUCGCUACAUCAGAUAUGCAAAAGUGUCACUCCUGGGCAGUGCUGGACUACAGUCCAGUGCCACAUAUUCCAAAUUGCCUGUUUUUUGCCUGUCUAAUUAGGUAAUUUGGAAUAUGUGGCACUGGAUUGUAAUGUCUUAAUCCCAUCACCCAUCACCGAUCCUGGAUUCAAAGAAUAAAAUCAAACCAUGACCUUAACUUGAUCCAAUGAUGGGACGACAGAGUUUUUUAAUAUGCUGAGCCCUGGAUUGAGCCCCCCCGCCCCACACACACACCACAAUUCCCAGCCUUUGUAAAGUGUCUAUUUCUAAUCAACAAGAUUAUUAAUCAAUCUGAUUACUGAUCAAUCUGAUCCAUCUCUUUACUUGACUUUGAUUGUGUGUGAUAUUAAUUGUGAGAGAGAUGUGGGUGUUUAUAUUGAUUGCGAAGAUGAUUAUGUAAGAGUAGCAAGUUCUGUGUUAUGUGAUGUCAAAACAAAAGAUAAACUAGCAAAAGAUUAUGAAAAGCUAGAUCUUGCACUGUUGUGAUGGAGUGCGUUUGGGAGUCUGCCUGACAUACACCACAGAGUGUCCUGGAGAGUGUAGACUAUGCAGUCAGUCAGUAUGAGAGGUUUGAAGUUUCCCAAAAGUUUCCAUACAGCCUCAAGCUUUGCAUUCUUCCCCGUUUGGAGUUUUAUAUGAGAUCCCCCCCACUACCAACACACACACACACACACAC